ACCUCCAGCAUCACCACAGCCUGCACCCAAGCGAAUGAAAACAAACAGUAACGAUGGCGGCGCCGGGAAGGGACUGGCUCCUGGGAUGAGGCAGGCGUGAUCGCUUGAUGGAGGAGAGGAGCCCCGAAGAAAAGCCGACGUGAGUGCUACAGCUUGCUCAGUCCUAGGAGUGAGACGCCUGGAAUCUGUGAGUCAGGAGCCUCCUGAAGCGUGAGGUGUCUGUCUGACCCACUGUCCCUGCAGUCCCGGGACGCAGAACCUCACCCAGCAGGCGCCGGGUCCCGGCCUCCGUAAUGAGAGCCCCUCACCUCUGUGUGCCGCAGCUUCGCAGGUGAGGGUGACUGUUGACUAGUGAAAAAGGGACCCAAGGUUCACGGCUAUAACGACCUGUGGAAACCUGCGAUCCGUUCUCAUUGGUAAAUCCCUGGAUUCUGAUAGGCAAUGGAAACUGAUCUCAAUUCGCAGGACAGAAAGGACCUGGACAAGUUCAUUAAAUUUUUUGCCCUCAAGACCGUCCAAGUAAUUGUCCAGGCUCGACUUGGUGAAAAGAUUUGCACUCGUUCCUCUUCGUCUCCCACGGGUUCAGAUUGGUUUAACUUGGCGAUCAAAGAUAUCCCAGAGGUCACCCAUGAAGCAAAGAAGGCACUGGCGGGGCAGCUGCCUGCUGUUGGGCGGUCCAUGUGUGUGGAGAUCUCACUCAAGACCUCUGAGGGAGACUCCAUGGAGCUGGAGAUUUGGUGUCUUGAAAUGAAUGAGAAGUGUGAUAAAGAAAUCAAAGUUUCCUAUACUGUCUACAACAGACUGUCCCUGCUAUUGAAGUCUCUUCUUGCUAUAACACGGGUGACGCCAGCCUACAGGCUCUCCAGAAAGCAGGGGCACGAGUAUGUCAUUUUGUAUAGGAUAUACUUUGGGGAAGUUCAGCUCAAUGGCUUAGGAGAAGGUAUGGGUCGGAGCAAGAUGGAAAAACACGGCUUCCAGACUGUUCGCGUUGGCACAGUUGGCACCCCUGUGGGCACCAUCACUCUUUCUUGUGCUUACAGAAUCAACUUAGCAUUCAUGUCUACCAGGCAAUUUGAGAGGACCCCUCCUAUCAUGGGGAUCAUCAUUGAUCAUUUCGUGGACCGCCCCUACCCCAGCUCCUCUCCCAGACACCCCUGCAGUUACAGAACUCCUGGUGAGGAUGUGGGCGGAGUGUACCCAUCAGUGGAAGACUCUCAGGAAGUGUGUACCACGUCGUUCUCCACCUCCCCACCAUCACAGUGUGUGUUUACUGUCACAAAGGCACAUUUUCAGACCCCUACUCCUGUGGUGACGGACACUCUGAGGGUUCCCAUGGCAGGACUGGCCUUUUCCCAUCAACUCUCAAGCUCUCGCCUUUCCUAUCAGCCUGCUGUCCUGGGCCUCGGAUCCACUGACCUGGCUUACCCAGUAGUGUUCGCUGCUGGUCUAAAUGCGCCGCACCCUCACCAGCUAAUGGUUCCUGGGAAGGAAGGGGGGGUGCCCAUCGCCCCCAGCCAGCCUGCCCACGGCGCCCAGGCAGAUCAAGAGAGACUGGGGACCCACAGCCCUUCAGAUGGGGCCCACUGUGCCGCCACACCCUCCAGCAGUGAGGGCACUGAAACCGUGUCCAACAGCAGUGAGGGCCGGGCCUCCCCCCACGAUGUCCUGGAGACCAUCUUUGUCCGGAAAGUUGGGGCUUUCGUGAACAAGCCUGUUAACCAGGUGACCCUGACAAGCUUGGACAUACCCUUUGCCAUGUUUGCUCCCAAGAGCUUGGAGCUGCAGGACACUGACCCGAUGGUGAACCCUCCAGACUCGCCGGAGGCCGCCUCCCCGCUCCAUGGCAGCCUGCACUCCGAGGGCUCCAGCGGGGGCAGCAGCAGCAACCCCCACGAUGACUUUGUCAUGAUUGACUUUAAACCGGCUUUUUCUAAAGAUGACAUCUUGCCAAUGGACUUGGGGACCUUCUAUCGUGAGUUCCAGAACCCCCCUCAACUGAGCAGCCUCUCCAUAGAUAUUGGAGCGCAGUCCAUGGCAGAGGACUUGGACUCCUUGCCUGAGAAGCUGGCUGUGCACGAAAAGAAUGUUCGAGAAUUUGAUGCCUUUGUGGAAACCCUGCAGUAAAAGUAGCCUCCAGUACCAGCAGCAUCCCCUUUCUGUGGUCCCUGGGGGCCAGAGCCACUCCUGUCCCUCCCAGUGCUCGGCAGGACGGUUCUGCGGGGUGACCCAAGACACCCACUGGCCUUGGAGAAGGAAGACCCUUUGUAACAAGGGCCGCAGCAGGGCCAUCUGUGCACCUCACCUGUGCCAACUGUGUCACAAAGGGUGUUGUCCCUUUCUGCCUCCUGCCUGCCUGUCCUGGUCGUCAACCACUUGACAUUCCCACUGGUGGCUGAGACAGCAGCCCAGGCAGAAAGAGGAAGUGGGCAGUGCUGGGAGGAAGAGGAGCCCCAGGGCUCUCUGCGUCUCCCCAAUUCCCAGGGCCGGCUUUCUCUUGCUCUCUGCCCCGUGCCUGUUCUUGACAAUAGGAUGGCCUGUCUGUCCACAGUAACCUCGCCAGUGCCAGCCACACCUGGGAUGUCCCUCCUAGGGGUCUGUGCAGCCCUGGCGGCUGCCUGUGCCCAGCCCUUCAGCUCUGAAUCCUGCAUCUCCAGGAUUCUGUCAUUCAGAGUCCCAGUGAAGGUCGUUCCCCUUCCUCCCCUUUGCUGCUUUUGGUUAUAGGAAUGGUAAAUAUUUAUUACUUGCAGAGAAAUCAGAUAUUUUGUAGAGAAAACCCACUGGAGGUGACUAAUUUCUUCCUGGGGUGGAGGCCUGCCACUCAUGUUCAUCCCCAGAACCUGGGCUGAUGCUUUAGGGUCUUCCUGCGCCUGUGCCUGCGCCUUCGUGUGGGGCAGGAGCCAAGAGCUGGCCGGUGGGGAGCAGAGCAGCCCCAGGUCAGGACCACUGCAGCCCGGCUGGGUGCGGUACACUGCUAAGAGCCGUCCUCAGCUCCUGCACAGCAGCUGUGUCAGUUCCGGCAGCCAAGGAGGUCUUGGGUGCUAAUGUGAGGACCCCCAGACUCUGGCCACCUGCAAUACCCAGGGCAUGUGUGCGCCUCCGGCUAGCGCACCUUCUGCUCCUCCAGCGCUUGGGCCUGACUGCUGCCUCCUGGAAUCCACGGUGUGACUGCCCUGGGCUAAUUCCCUGUUGAGAAACCACAGCUGGGCUGCAGCUGACUGUUCCCCUUCAAGCACCACCUGAGUGGGCCAGGUGCCUUGUCGCCUGCUCUCCAGCCUGCCUGGUCUCAUGGCCAGGUGCCUGGCAGCAGCUGUUCUUCAGUGGGGCAGGUGGCCCUGGAUUGCUUGUUAGUAAACUGCAUGUGACACCGUUCCUGCCCUCAAGGCUGGCCCUGAGCUGAGGUGGAGCUGGCGCCUGCUUCUGCUGCCAGGGGGAAGCCCCCUCAGGGUAGCCAGCUGGCCCUCCUGCCUCGGCCAGGGUGCAUCUGUGGCUGUGGAACCCAAGACUUCACAGCUACGGCACCUUCUGCCCGAGUCCUGCAUGAAAAGCCUGGUCCUGCUGUCCAUGACAGUCUUUGGCCACCCUGAUCGGGGCCCCUGCAGUCCCCAGCCUUGCUGUAGCUCCCUGCCUGGGAAGAGGCCAGGGAGGCCAAGCCCUGACUGCAAGCUGGGCAGGGAGGAGCAAAGGGACAUCAAGGCUGGCCCUCGCCCACAGCGAUGCGCCUGUCCAGGUGGGGAACAGCCAUGGUCUCCAGGCGGCUCAGCUCCCCCUCCAGCUGCCUCCGGAAGUGACUGAGCUACACUUCAGACUAUUCAGAGAUUUCCAAUAAAGGUUUUUCUGUACUUUAA